CUGACGAACAAAUAUUUUUUGUAUUUGCAACCUCAAGCAAAGUUUUUCAAUAUUUUAGAAGAAUAAAAACAGUUAUAUGGAAUAUUUAGAUACUUAUUUGGAUUCAAAUAAAUAAAUAUUUAUAUAAACGUAUUUGCAUAUUUUAAGGGGGCCCACAGCUUAAUUUUUGCCCAUUACUGCACAAACCAUAAAAACGCCCCUGUAUGAUACUAAAAAAAUACAUUUUCUUAGAGAAAAUGGAAUUUAAAAUGAUUAAUUAUUAGGAUGAGGGGGCUGUGACGUCAUAUUGGGGGCGGAGCUCAGCAUAGGGACCGAGCGGAGGAUGAAUGUGAGUCUCCUCGUCAUCGUUUAUUCAUCCGCAGCAUCCUCAGAGGUGUGUCUGCGCGCGCGGGCUGCAGACAGACAGGCGGACAGACAGACAGACAGAAGCCGACUGGAAGAAACCGUCUGCCCAAACUGAGGAUGGCGUCAAAAUGCCCCAAAUGCGACAAGACGGUGUAUUUCGCGGAGAAGGUGUCAUCUUUGGGCAAAGACUGGCACAAGUUCUGCCUGAAAUGUGAGCGCUGCAAUAAAACGUUGAAUCCAGGAGGGCAUGCUGAGCAUGAUGGGAAGCCCUUCUGCCACAAGCCCUGCUACGCCGCCCUCUUUGGACCAAAAGGUGUCAACAUCGGCGGUGCUGGUUCGUACGUGUAUGACGCCACCUCCAACGAAGCCCCUGCAGCUGUUUCCAUGGAAACAGACUCCAAACCAGAGGAGAAGAAAGCUUCCGGACGUGGGCCCGUGAAGGCUGCAAGCUUCUCAUCCUUCUCCGGAGGACCCAACAUUUGCCCCAGAUGCAACAAAACGGUGUAUUUUGCGGAGAAGGUGUCGUCUCUGGGGAAGAACUGGCACCGGCCUUGCCUGCGCUGUGAGAGAUGCAGCAAGACUCUGGCACCGGGAAGCCACGCAGAGCAUGAUGGACAGCCUUACUGCCACAAACCGUGCUACGCCGUGCUGUUUGGGCCUAAAGGUGUUAACACAGGAGGCGUUGGGAGCUACAUCUACGAUGAUCCUGAAGCCAAAGAAGAGCCUUAAAGCCUUGAUGCAUCUCCCAAAACAAACUCCAUCCCUCUAUAAAAUGACAUGUAUACCAUAACAGUGAUAGAUACAUUUUUGUUGUAUUUGUUUACUGAUUUGUAUUUAAAUAAUCACCCACGAGAUUCAUAUUUGCCGUUUAGUUUGUCGGUUCUCUUUGCCGAUUAGUCAUAAAGGAAUAAUAUAGUGAGUUGACGCUCUGAUGUUGUUCUUUUUGGACGGUAGUUUUACAGAUAUGUGAGCACUUAAAACAUGUACUGAAGGAAAACAUAAAGUAUUCUCCUUUGUAUUGUUUAUUUAAACUUAGCUUUAAAAAGAAAGACAAUGUAGAUGAGAUUUACGCAUCUGAAGUUUGUGCAGCCUGGGUGAUCUUGAUCAUGUUUUAUACAAUAAAAUUUAGUUUUAGAAGGUCA